AUGGCAUUGAACCCACACAAGAACAACAAGGUCGACGUCAACGUACGUAUCCCCCUCUAUCUGCGGAGAGAGCAAGGGUUCAUGGAAAGAAAGCUGAUCAAGGGAUUCUGUAUGGCAGUCUCUCACCGAGGAAGAACAGAAGCUCUUCCGCCUGUACGGCAAACUGCCCAACAAGAAAGAUCUCUUCAGCAAGAAACUGCAGGAACGCAAAUACUUCGACUCCGGCGACUAUGCCCUCUCCAAAGCCGGCAAAUCCGACACCAGCUCUCUAGGCGGUGGUCUGGGCCGCGAGCACCCCACGUAAGUCCACCAGACACCAGGACACCUCACAAUGCCUCCCCCUCGAAUGCCCCCCACUGAUAGCUUGCUUCCUGUCUGUAUAGCCCAGAGAACAUCCCCCACCACUCCCAGGCCCAACCCGCCAACCCAGCCGGAACACCCAGCGCAGAAGGCGGUCCUCGCGGCAGCAUUUCCGCCCCAUCAGGCGCCACCGGCGGCCCAGAACUCCAGCCCAUCACUUCACGUUCCUCGGGCUCGCCCGUCAAGGAGAGCACCCUGCACCGCGGAAUGAGCGUGGACGACGAAGAGGGCAACCCAGUCGCGGACGACGCGGGCGAAGGAGAAGAGAAAGGCAUGCCGAUACGGCAAUAG